AUGCCUACCACCACUUCUUUUUCCCAGGAGGCAAAAACAACAAGAAGAAUGAGUUCAAGGCAACGUCCCUUGCAUGCAUGUGGAGUUUCGAUCUUAACAAUUGGUGACAUUGCCAUAGGAAAAACCCAAAGUAUCAAUGGACCAUUAGGUUCAACAUUCAGAAACAUGGCAAAAUUGGCCAAAUUUAUCACACCUUUAAUCUUUACAAUUCAAUACCAAUGGCUAACAAUUCUUGCCUUCAUCGACGAUCGCAUCCUAGCCGCUGAAAACAUCACACAGAAACUGUUUCCUCCUUCAAGGUAUGUGUUCGACAAAAUCGACGAAAUCGUGUUAAUGAUACUUUCUUUGCCAGAUAAGUUUGAUGGAGCAUUGAACAAGAAUGUACCUGAAAUAAUCCAUAAAGUUCCAUAUUUGGAAUGGUUGCUGAAAAUCUCAUCCUCGAAAAUGAAUAGUUUGGUUUCGACAUUGAGACGUGAAAAUUCAUGCGCGGAUGAGAAAACUAUUGGUGUUGAUGUAAAUUUCUGCAAUAAUAAUAGUAGAGAGAUGGAAUCGGGUACGAAUGAGGAGUAUCUUAACUUUCCAAUGGAUCCAUCAAGUGUGGCAAGUUUUCCUCCUAUACCAGAGGCUGAAAAUAAAAGUGCCGUGGAAGUGUCUGGUGCUAACACUAAGAAAAGUUCAUACAAAGAAGUAUUAUUGGAGAGUAAUGAGAAGAAAGUAGAUAAUGAUGAAUGUGAAAAUGAAGCUGAAGGAAAAGAGAAAAAAAAUGAAGAGUGUGAAAGUGACAAGAAAUUCCAAGGUGAUAAAAGUGUAAACGUGAAAUAUGAAUAUGAUCCACUUAUGGAUUUGUUUGAGUCUGCAUGGCUAAUGAGUCCUCGUCGUUAA